GGUCGGAUUACGAAAGAAAAAUAAAGAGAAAAAAAAGAUUGCCUCAGGCUUUCUAACCUUUUGCAUUUAUUUACCUACCCUACUACCAAUAAUCUUGAUCCUUAUCACCUACUUAAUUUAAUUAAUUCACUCUUUAAACCUUUCUCCAUCCAUUGUUCAUUAUCUACCAACAUCCAUCAUACCCUCUUCAUAUAUUUCACUUCACCAUCCUCCCGCCUACAUUUAGUAGUAGCUUGUGGUCGAUCGCCUUCUAAACUGAACACGAUGUCGUCGCCAACCGCUACCAACGACGGCGAUGCCUCCAACGACAACCCAGAGCAGAUCACUUUCCGAUUCUGCACCGAUUGCUCCAACAUGCUAUACCCCAAGGAAGACGAGGAUGCGCAGAAACUUCAGUUCACCUGCCGCACCUGCCAAUUUACCGCCGAAGCUACCUCCUCUUGCGUCUUCCGCAAUGUUAUGAACAACGCGGCUGGAGAGACAGCUGGUGUGACCCAGGACGUUGGAUCCGACCCUACGCUUCCACGAUCCAACAAGACUUGCCCUGUAUGCAAGUAUGAGGAAGCCGUGUUCUUCCAAUCUCAACAGCGAAGCGCCGAAACGGGCAUGAAACUGUUUUACGUUUGCUGCGACUGCGGUCACAUUUUCCAGUAAUAGCAAAAAAUGGGAUACCUAUAAGCUUUGGGAGG